AUGCCGCAGGCGACCUGUGUGGAGGUGGCUGCUCGAAUUUCAUUCGACGCUUCAAAUGCUUGCCAUAUUCCUACUUUAAUCCGUGCUAUUCUUGGUACAGACCCUUUGAAAGCCAACGAACUUCAAACGAAAUGUUAUUUGCCUAUGACUUCGAGAGAAACGACGCUCGUUCAUUGUAUCGCAAAACAACUAGGCAGAGAUCUAACUGCCUUGAGUAGGUGUCAUCGAAGGCAGCAUCUUGUCCUUCCAUAUAAGUACCAGACAUUCAGCAACCUUUUCUUCGAUAUCUUGCGCGCUGGUAUAGAUAUCCACCUAGUUGUUGACCACAAAACUCUAUUUCUCGCAUUUAUAGAGGGAAUUCUUGCGUGGCAAGUAUCAUUUUCCAAGUCUAUUCAAUGUCCGUGCGUUGAUACGGGAGUCUUGAAUUCAGUUAUUAGAGCCUGGCUAAAUGAUCUUAAAGCUGCUAGGGUGAAAUUGGAUAUAUUUGGUACGAACGAGUGGUGCACUUAG